AUGUCAACUUUUACUUUUAAAUGGCCAAAAGGUCCUCAAGAAGUUAUCCUUACUGGUACUUUUGAUGAUUGGAAAAAAUCCUUAUAUUUAGUUAAACAAGCCGAUGGUUCAUUCGAAUUAACCGUUCCUUUACCUUCAGAUGAAAAAUUAUUGUAUAAAUAUGUCGUUGAUGGUGUAUGGGUGGUUUCUAAAGAUGAAAAAAUCACUACUGAUGAAAGUGGUAAUGAAAAUAAUGUUUUAGAACAAUCAGAUUUAGUUGCUUCCAGUGCUAAUGGAAGUAAAAUCCCAGAAGCUAGUGGUUUAGUUGCUGCUCCAGCUCCUGUUGAUGAAUUUAAAACCACUGUUAUGCCACAAACUGAACCUGAACAUCCAACUUUAGGUGGAGAACCAGGUAUUGCUAUCUUAAAAGGUGAAGAAUUAGAGACUGCGAAGAAUUUACCUGUCACUAACAUUGAUGCCAAAGCUUUCAAUGAAGAAAUGACAGCUGAAGAAAAGAAGAAACAAAAGAAGAAAGUCAAAAGAUCUCAAUACAAAGCUAAAAAGAAGAAGAAGGCUGCUGCUGCUGCUGGUUCAACUGAAGAUAUUGCCCCAUCUACUAGUGAAGUUACUGGAACUGAAGAAAGUGUUGAAAACACCCCAGAACCAGAAUCUGCUCCAAUUGCUGCUGCUGCCAUUGUAGGUACUGGUGCUGCUGCUGCUGGUUUAGCCACCACUGCCAGUGUUGAACCUGUUGCUGAACCAAUUACCAAAGAAGCUGAACCUGUUACUGAACCUGUCGCUGAGCCAGUUGAUGAACCUGUCGAACCAGUUGCUGAACCUGUCGCUGAACCAGUUGCUGAACCAAUUGCCGAAUCAGUUGUACCAGUAGCUGAACCAACUCCUGUUGAACCAAUCAAAGCUGAUAAACCAGCUGAUUCCCCAGUCGAAACAACCAAGGAAGAAGCCACCAAGACUGAAGAACCUGUCGCCAAAGAAUUAAACCCAGAAGAUCCAGAAUACCACUCAUUAGAUCCAAACUCUCCAGAAAAAGAAGUCACUGCUGCUCCAGCUAAACCAUCUUAUGAUGAAGAUGACGAAAUUGUUAUUGCUCAAGGUAAAGGUGAUAACAUUGCUGAACAAAUUGUUGCUUCAGAAAAUGGUGAAGUUACUGUUGAAGAAAUUCAACCAACUGAAUCUGAAAAGAAGAGAUUAACUUCCAACUUACCAAAAGAACAAUCUAAAGAAAAGAAACCAACUAAACCAACUAAAGAAGAAAAACCAAAGAAGAAAAGUGGAUUUAUGUCAAAAUUAAAGAAAAUUUUUAGUUAG